GGACGGCCAUCUUUGAUGAGGGCACGGCUCCCGGUCCAUUGAAGAAGGAGCCCCGCAGGUCAGCAGCGCUGUCCUUGCCUCCCAGCUGCGGCACCCAGCACCGGCCCCGGCGGAGCGCUGCACGGACACAGGCUCGCAGGCAGCUGAGCACAACUCCUUGAUCUGCAGCUUCCACAAACACACCCACAGCUAAAAUGGCGGAAGACGCGGAUAUGCGCAAUGAGCUGGAAGAGAUGCAGCGGCGUGCCGACCAGCUUGCUGAUGAAUCCCUUGAGAGCACCCGCCGAAUGCUGCAGCUUGUUGAAGAGAGUAAAGAUGCUGGUAUCAGGACUUUGGUUAUGUUGGAUGAGCAAGGAGAACAACUGGAACGCAUCGAAGAGGGAAUGGACCAAAUCAAUAAGGACAUGAAAGAAGCAGAAAAGAAUUUGACGGACCUAGGAAAAUUCUGUGGUCUUUGUGUCUGUCCAUGUAACAAGCUUAAAUCAAGUGAUGCUUACAAAAAAGCCUGGGGCAAUAAUCAGGACGGUGUUGUAGCCAGCCAGCCUGCACGUGUCGUAGAUGAACGGGAGCAGAUGGCCAUCAGUGGUGGCUUUAUCCGCAGGGUAACAAAUGAUGCCCGGGAAAACGAAAUGGAUGAAAACCUCGAGCAGGUCAGCGGCAUCAUUGGCAACUUACGUCACAUGGCCCUGGACAUGGGCAACGAGAUCGACACACAGAAUCGCCAGAUUGACAGGAUCAUGGAGAAGGCCGAUUCCAAUAAAACCAGGAUUGAUGAAGCCAACCAGCGUGCAACAAAGAUGCUCGGCAGUGGUUAAAUGCAGCAAAGUGCAUUUCCUUUUAAUGCUGUCCAAGAGGGCAGUACCUUCAUGCUUUUAUCAUGGUAUUUACCUACUAGGUUUGCACACAUGCACAUAUCAACCCCAUUGUAAAUGUUGUCCUGUGUAGUUUGUCAGCUUUCCAAAAAUGAUACUUGUAAUUAUUUUUUUCUAGAUAUCUUUCUUUCCAAAGGUUGUACAUAGUGCUGAUUUGAUGGCUAUAGCUCACUAUGAUGUUUUCUGGGAUUUUUCCUUUCCUUGUUUCUGUUUGGAUUCCUUUUCUUUUUUCCUCUCCUUUUUUUUUUUUUUUUUUUUUUUUUUUAAUGAUGUUUGCUGAAUGACAACAUUGUUGGAAUGCUAAACGUGCUGUUAACCUUUAAAUAUACAGUAUUGUUCUUGUAAAACUGUGACAUUCCACAGAGCUACUGCCAUGCUCCUGUCUUUGGGUAUCAUGAUGUUUAAGCACUUAAACCUGCUGUCUUCGGUUCUUCAUUGCCAUUAUCCGUUGUUAUGAUUUCAUGAUUAGACAAUGUGGAAUUAUAUUACUAUAACAAGCAUUGCACUACAAAGUGAUGUGAUUUAUGCAUUUAUGCAUGAGGAAUAAAUAGACUUUUAGACUCCUACUUAAACAAGACUUUUUCCCAUGGCAGUAGCACACCAACAAUGACAACAAAAGCAUGCUCAGUAUUCGGACUCUUUUGGGACUAUGUUAUACCAGCAAGUUUGCAGUCGUGCCACUUUUUUCUUGUUGAUAUAUAUAGUUAUUAAUCAUGAUCAUUUAUUUAUUUUUUAAUUACGAAAAAAAGAGGGAUUUGGCACUCACCAUUUAGCCAUUGCCAGCAAAAGAAGCUUGGCUGAAAAUAUGUCAAAGACAAAAAGAAAUAAGUGUAAUAUAUUGGGUUUGUCUGCUGAUUUUGAAGACUAUCUUUUGGAGGAAACGACUACCAUAUGAAAUGGUGCAAAGAAAUGUAAUUUUUAUAAGGCUCUCUCUUACUAGUCGCUAUCCCCAUGUGGUUUGUUAUCGGUACAGUUCUCUGUUGCUUACCUAGAGCUAUGCACACCAAAUCGCUGAGAUGUUUAGUAGCUGACUUAAUUAAAAAAUAAUAAAAAAACCUAAAUGAAUGAACUCUAGAUAAACUGUGAGAUAAAUAUCAUUUACAGCAUGUAAUAUGAAAUUCCUUAUGUCUCCUGUCAGUUUGUGAAGUGAUUGACAUUUUGUAGCUAGUUUAAAAAUUAUUAAAAAUUAUAGAUCUCAGAAUCCA